AUGUCAAAAACUUCAAAAACUUCAAAGAAACGAAAAGAAAGUGAAAGUGAAGGUUCUUCUACCCCUACACGGCGAUCAAAGCGCAUUGCCAGCCAAGACUCGUUUCUUGCAGAAGCCACUAGGCUCAGUCCCACCUCUAGUGAUAAUUUAAUCAAAAUUCCUAAUUCAGCAUCUAAUUUCAAAAUCAAUGAUAUUAAGCUAUUGAGAGUGAGAUUCGAACCAGCUUCAAAUAAGAACGAUGUCUUCCUUCAUGUGAAGGUUGAAAGCAUCUCGCAUCCUGAAGCUCAAACGUUCGCUACCAAAUUGCAUAACGUUGUGCUGAAUGGUUUUCAAGUGUUAGGCACGGACGAAUCUUCUACUGACACACUUUUGGAUGAUCUACUUCGUAUCGUUAAGCUUAAUAACUUCCCCUUAAUGAUCAGAAAUCACCCGCCAUGUAAACUACACAUCGAGGAGGAGCCUUACGUGUCAUCAAUUCCCGAAUUCGUAAUUAAGAAUAAAAGAUCUACUAUUAUCGGAGUAGAGGACAACCACCUAAGGAAUACCGGGCUAAGAACUGGAUAUGGGGAAUCUCAGAUCGCUGUAGAGAUUCUUGCUUCUUAUAAUGAGAAUGUAAGUUACAUACGUGCCCUUCGUCUUGAGAAUCGUAGGAACCCGGGUUAUACGGAUCAGAUAUCAUGGGCCGUUCGUGUAAUCACAACAUAUGUUACUUUUUAUAAAGUUAUGAUCCCUACAACGUAUUGGCAGGAGCUUGAAAAUGGCCUGCCGAAAGAAUCAUCAGUUGUGAUUCAAAGAUGGCCGGCUGAGAAUAGUUUGAGUAGUGGUUUGGAUCUUUCUGAUCCAACGGAUAAAAAUGAAGUGCUGGAUGCAUUAGUUAAGAUUCGUGAAGAAAUUUUAAAUGAAAAUGAGUUAUAA